GCCAAGACAAGACUAUGCCUAUUCCGGUCAACCGCUCAACGUCUCCGUCAUCAAUUCAUCUAACCAUCAACACAACCCGCUUCUUCCACUUUCACCAAGUUCCAAUAACCGAACUCACUAAACAAGCCCCGAACAUGGCUGACUGUGGACUCCCAUUUCCCGUCGUCUGUAUCCAGUGCGGUCGCGGCGUCGGACUCUGCGGCAUCAAGGUCAUCGGACCGACGAUUGGGUUUUGCGUUGCUGUUCUAGCCGCGUUCAUAUGCUGGCCUAUCGCACUUCUGUUCUGCUGUUUUACAGAGACCGGCAAGAAAUGGUUUUGGAAACCGUGCGAGAUAAACGGUCAAGUUUCAGACCUAUUUCCCAUCUGACCAAGGAGUAAGUCCACGGAUUGAAGCACUAUGCCAAUUAGUGUCUAAAGCUGUGGAUCGUGUCAAGCAUCAGCUGUUGGAUAUUGAGAACGUUAUAACCCGGGAUAAAAUUACGAGGAGCUAUUGGCAAGCACUUCAUUCCAGAGCGGGAGCCGUUAAUGAUAAUAUAAUUAUUAUUUAAAUUUGAUAAAUGCGAGGUGAGCUGUGAAGAAUCAGUUGUCCGAGAAGAUGGGAUAUUAGAAUCGAUGACAGUCAUUUCAACGUAAGGUACGCUUUAACAACU